AUGGCCUGGGACGUAAGGGAGCACCACCCGGGUGCCACUGCCCUGGUGGCCUCUGAUGAGCCCUAUGUCGGCACUCAGAGGCACUUUCGCCUCGUCAACAGCCGCAUGUCGGUCCGUGUCUCGGUCCGCUUUGCUGCCCCCAUCCAUGUUGAAUUCUCCCGCCGCUACGACUCGUCACGCACCUUUGAGGCUACCCCCGAGCUGUGUGAUACUCUUCUGCGCCGCUUGCAGCACUGCUCCGAGGAGCUUAUUUCUCGCAGAGAUCCCCAAGCUCUAGAAGCAGCCGUUGACCGCCUCCCGAGGUAUGAGAUCAAGUAUGAGCUCAUCAACGCCCCUUCGGGAGAUGUCAUCGUCGCGACCGAUCGCAUCAUCGGCCUCUUCUUCCUCCGCCACGACGAGCAUUUCGAGUGGGUAAGCAGUCCCAUCAAAGAAUAUGCGCCCACCCAGCCUCGUGCCGCCAUCGUCUCCGCCCCCGCCUCCGAUGCUCUUUCUUGCGUACCCAAUGGCACUUUCCAGGAGAACACCCAGACAUACGAGUUCGUCCCGGGCUAUGAGCUCGAGCUGGCUUUCACCAGCACGUGUCCCACGCGCGACGUUCAUCAAUUCGCAAAGACCAUUCGGAUCUCCAGCCAUCAAUCCUCUCCGCUGAACCUAUGUCUGGCCGAGGAGAUGCUCUCCGCCGCCUCCAAGGUCUUGGAGAUUGGCCUUGAUACCCGUAGACGGGCCAACAACAUUGGUCCGGACCACGACCACCUCGACUAUAGGAUACGCAGCAAGCAGGUCUUGUUCAGCCAACCCGCCGGCGAGGACUGCCUCAAAUUCCUCGAGGCCAUCGAGGAUUCUCUGUGCCGUGUCCGCAACAUGACGGAUGAGGCCAUCGGUCAAGCCAACGAGCUCGAGGUUCGUGUUCUCGAACUCCGCGCACCCAGGUGCGUCACUGGUGUCCUCCACGGCAACGACCUCUCUCUCACUCUCUCCAUCUUCCACAGGGGGCAUCUCAUUCUGGACAAGAUCUUCGUCGCCAGCGAAACCUCGGAGUCUCAGAAGCGGCCCCUCCUUGCCAUGACGCCUGAACAGGAGGGCAACGUCGUGCUGUCCAAACUUCGCGAUAGGAUCCAUUCCGAUAUCAUCCUCCUUUGCAAAGAUACCUGCUCCCUGGGAGAUGAAACCGAGGGCAUUCCCAACCUGCACAUCAUGCAAAAGGGCCACGCUCUACCCCAUCGGCCAAGCGUGCAGGAAGCUCCCGUCAUGAGCAAGGCGGCCGUGGCCACCAGGGCCCCGAGUCUCCGGAGAGAUGCGAGCACCUAUAGCGACAGCCUCUACAAGCAGCGCUACCCUGCUGUCGUUGAUGUCGAGGACGAGGAUCACGAUGACAAGCAAGACGAGGUUGACAUGACCCCGCCAUCCACCCCUAGCCUUAUCUAUGGGGAGAGCGAAACCCCGCGUGAUAGCAUCCUCAUCACACCUUCGGAAUUGAGGCGCUCUGAUACAAUUGGCGUUCUCACCGGUCGCGUUCUCCGCAUUGCCGAUGAAGAUGGCAACGAUACCAUGGGCCGCGACUUUUCCUCCUAUGAGGAGCACGCAGAGACUGGCUCCAAGCCCUACCAAUUUGAGCGGGUCUCCAUGACCAAAUUUGGUGGCUGCCUUGUCGUUGACCAGGGAAUUCCGGAGAGCCCGACCCCGGUCAGGACUGUCGACAUCACAUUGGACUCGGAAGGCGAACAAGAUGCGGCCUCGGUCUUGAACUCGGUCUCGGACUCGGUCUCGGAAGUCAGCGCCGAGGACUCCGAAGACCGCGCUGACGACCCCGAGUCCCUUCCGGUGCCCGAAGUCAUGACGCACAUUUCCGAUGAAACGGCCGAGGAAGAAAACCAGGCAGAGCCAAUUAUGGAGGGUUGGCUCGAGUACUGUUGCGAGCCUAUCGAGCCUACCCCUGAAGACAGCACAGAUGACCAAGAGGUUCAGCCGGAGCCCAUCAUGGAAGGGUGGCUCGAGUACUGCUGCGAGCCUCUUGAGCCUGAGGAGGUGCCGGAGGAGAUUUCAAUCGAACCCGUCUCAUCUACUGCCUUGCCAGAGGAAAAUCCUACAGAGAGAACGAUGUCCUCGCACCAGGAUGAGCAAGUAUCGCCCCCUCCACGUGAUGAGGCAUUCGUCUCCAUUGUGGAGGAGCUUCAAAGCCUGAUCUCCGCGGCCUUGAGCGACGGGGCAAGCCACACGGCAUGCCAAGCAUCCACCUCGACUAGAGCUGGCGGUUUACUAUUUAGGCUCCUGUCAAACGAGGCAGGCUCGUCUAGCGACCUCGGCGACGAUGAGGAUAACGUAUCCGCAAUCAUCCAAGCCGUCGAAGUGGACAGCAGCCCCGUCGAAUUACCCGCUGUGGUCCCUGUCGAGCUACCUGCUCAUGUACCAGAGCAGUGGUUCGUCGAUGAAGUCGGCAUGGACCCGGUCGAAGUUGCUGCAUAUGCCGCUUCUGAAGGCCCCGCGCAGAUUGCCCCGGAGUUUGUACUUGAUGUUCCAACUCUAGCCGAUGCAGAGACCGAGACUGGUCCAGAUGACCAUCCACCUGAAGCGAAGAAUCAGGAUGAAGCGCUUGUGGACAAGGAUAUCAAAGCCAUUAAAAACCAGGCUUCUGCUGACACCAUCGUUGCAAUCAUCGAAACCUCGGACGGCGAGCAUCUUGCCAAGGACAAAGAGGACGGCGAAGUGGACGGUGACUUGGAGGUAGGCCAGGAUAAGCCAAUGGAUGCUGACAUUGAAACCUUGCGAGGUGAUGAAGUCAUUGACCCCAUGGGGGCGGCCGAAGAAGCACCGGGAAGUGACCUCACGGUCGCCGAAGAUGCCGAAGUCGUUGCCCCCGUCGUUGAAGACAAGAUCGCCUUUGAGGAAGUAGAUUCUGGCGCCCGCACCGGCGAUGACCUGAUGCCAAACUUGGGUCCUUUCCCUUGCCAGCCAUCUGAUGGAGAAAUCGCAGCCGCUGAGGGCCAGCCAAUUGAUACCGGGCUUGCCACCACCGGCUACGCUUCCGAGGUAGCUGCGCAGCCUCACGAGGGCAAGGACGAAGCAGUCCGCGCUUCCCCUGCACCGCCUGAGCCCGAGCCACUUGAGCUCAUCGAUGACAACAAAGACGAACCCUUGGAACAAGAUGACGCCUCCUGGUACCUCGUUCACUAUGACUCUACGAUAGUCCGCUCUGACGAGCCCAAGGGUAAAGAAGCCGAGCUUCCGCAGGCCCUUCCCGAUGCAGGACUGCCUGUCCCUGCCUUGGCGGGCUCUGCAGAGGAGGAGGCGGUAGCCGCCCUACCUAGUUCGCAGGAACUGCCACUGUCAGCCGAGCCCCCGCCGGCGUAUUCGCCUACCACUGUAGAGGUUCCGGAGCUGCCAACCUCGCGCUUCAACACUGCUGUCGUUCUGCGACCGGCAUCGAGCAUCUUCAACCUUUGCCCCAUCCUUGGGGGUUCUGCUGCAGUCGUUGACGAUCGCCCAGUCACGGCUGUGCCGUUCUCUCGGCCACAGCAUAAGCGAGCGCAGUCGGUUGGAACUACGGGUCUCCUCGGGCUUCACGAUGACUACAAGAUGCCCCUGCAGACUGCCCUGUUGGGCGCCCGCAUGCAACGCUCGGCGUCGGCCUUUGCUACUCCGUCACCCACCGUCAGACCCGUGACGGUCCACGGCCUGCCUGAUCCUCCCAAGCGGAAGAUCUCGCACGACGUGGAACACGGCGAGUCCGGCGAUGAGGAAAGCGGCGCCCGACCCGUUCGCCGCGGGUUCAACGCAUUCCCCGGUUUUGUCAUAUUUGCGGCCGGCGUCACUCUUGCCUCCUCGAUUUUCCGACGAGCUCCAUAG